GCCCCCGGAUGUUUGAGACGGCGGGGCGGGCCACGUCAGGCAGCCGGCGUGGGUCUGAACUUGCAGCAGAAGAGAGAAUUUGCAUACAUACAUGUAAGAGAAGCAGAAAUGUCAGAUGAUAUCAGGAAAAGGUUUGAAUUUCCAAAUUCUCUUAUCCAAUCACAGGCUGUGGGUCAUCUUAUUGCUGCAGUCCUAAAGGAAAAUGGUUUUUCAGAAAAGAUCCAUCAAUCCACAAACCAGACUCCUGCUUUGAACUUGCUGUGGGAGAAGUGUUGCAGUGAUAAUGUAGUGGUUCGGACAGCCUGCUGUGAGGGCCUGGUGGCACUUGUUGCUCAGGAUCAUGCGGAGUUCAGCUAUGUUCUCAAUGGGAUACUCAACCUGAUUCCAUCGACCAGGAAUCCACACGGCUUGUUAAAAGCCAUUAUGAAAUUAUUACAAAUGCAAGCUGUUAAGGAAGGACAAGCUGGGAAGAAGAACAUUCAGGAUAUAUAUUCUAUUAGAAAUCACCCUCAGCCUUUGAUCACUGUGCUUGAACACAGACCUGAUUGUUGGCCAGUACUUUUGCAGCAGCUGACAGCUUUUUUCCAGCAAUGCCCUGAAAGGUCAGAAGUUUCGUGCGUCCAAAUAAUGGCACCAUUCCUAUGGUAUCUAUAUUGUGAACCAUCCCAGUUACAAGAAUAUGCUAAACUCAGACUAGCCCUGCUAAAAGUCUUACUUCAACCCCAAGAGCCUUGUGGCAAAGAACAGCCAUCAGUAUUGGAACAACAGAUACUUCAGCUGUGCUGCGACAUGGUUCCAUGUUUACAGAUAAAAGAUUUGAUACAGACAACAGAAGUGAUGCUGUUUAUCGAGGAAGUAUAUUUAAGCCUUUCGCGUCAUCCUGUUUUCUGGAAAAUUCAGCUUACCCAGCUGACCCUUCAGCUGCUGUGUGUCUGUGAAGUCAGCUUAAAGAUAACUGGGGAAUGCUCAUCGUUAAUUCACCUUUUGGCACACAGUGUUGAACUUCUGAAGGAGGAUUUUCCUGUUGAACUGGUCAUAAUUGGACUAGCUUUACUGCUUCUACAGACUCCAGCAAGUCAGCAGAAGCCCAUCUUAAGUCUCGCUUUGAAGCUCCACUCUUUUGCUGAGGGUCAGAAAAUUCCAAAGUCAUCCUCGCUGCUAAUAAUGCCAGUUCUGCAGAUAUUAUCUUCUACUGCCUUGGAAGACUGCAUAUCCGUGGAUGAAGACGGUCCCUCGAGGCAGCAGUUGGCUCUAAAACUUUUGGAAACAGUACAGCAGGAGUGCUAUAGAGUCGACCACCAAAAGCUGUCCUACAAGCUUGUGUUUCCCAUAACCAGCACAUAUGGUUCAGUAUGUACAGCCUGGAGGAUCCUUGAAGUAAUGAGUGAAGAGUCUGCAGUGACUGAAUGGUUGGCUUCAGUAGAGUCUUUGCUCCCUAUUACUACUGUGAUUCCUGAGCAUGUUUUUCUUCUGCUGGUUCACCUCCUUGUUGAAGAUAAAGGACGAAAUCUUCGCCAAAUACUGAAGGUCACUACAAAAUUAGCCCAAGCAGAUUCUUCUCAGGUACCAAAUUUGAUUCCAGUUUUGAUGUUCAAAUUGGGAAGACCACUGGAACCUGUAUUAUACAAUGAUAUCUUAUAUACUUUACCUGCACUUGGUGUUCACAAGGUGUGCAUAGGACAAAUUCUACGGGUAAUCCAACUUCUGGGAACCACUCCACAACUAAGGGCUGUCACUUUGCGCUUGUUGACAUCUUUGUGGGAAAAGCAGGAUCGUGUCUAUCCUGAACUGCAGCGGUUCAUGGCCAUGUCCGAUACGCCCUCUCUGUCUGUGGGCAAGGAAGUCCAAUGGGAAAAACUGAUUGCUAAAGCAGCAUCGAUCAGAGACAUAUGUAAGCAAAGGCCGUAUCAGCACGGUGCAGAUAUGUUGGCAGCUAUUUCCCAGGUGUUGAAUGAAUGCACCAAGCCUGAUCAAGCUACUCCAGCAGCCUUGGUGUUGCAAGGUCUUCAUGCACUCUGCCACGCUGAGGUUGUGUGUAUUCGCUCCACUUGGAAUGCUCUGUCUCCAAAGCUGAGCUGUGACACGAGACCUCUCAUUUUGAAGACCCUCAGUGAGCUGUUUUCUCUGGUUCCUUCCUUAACAGUCAAUACAGCUGAAUAUGAGAAUUUUAAGGUUCAAGUCCUCAGCUUCCUCUGGACCCAUACUCAAAACAAGGACCCAGUUGUAGCAAAUGCUGCAUAUAAAUCUCUGUCACACUUCAGCGCCAGAGAGCACACCAUUCUUCAUCUGCCUGAACAGAUAAGAGCAGAAAUCCCUAUUCUUGAUGAGCUAGAUGAAGAUGAAGAUGAUGAGGGUGAUGAAAAGGAUGUGGAUCUUUCAGUUCCUGGCUAUUGCUAUCUCAAACUGUUGUCACUCACCUCACCUUUGGUUUUACCAGCUUUGGAGGAAUUUUUUAUGUCGCUCAUGAAGCAAGAAAUGGUGAAUAUGCCCCGUGGGGUCUAUCACUUGGCAUUAAAAGGAGGUGCCCGCGUAGACCAAGGAAAGACAGUAGCAGGAAUCCCCAAUUUUAUGUUAAAAAUGUAUGAAACAAACAAGCAGCCAGGUUUGAAACCUGGCCUUGCAGGUGGUAUGUUAUUUUGUUAUGAUGUUUCAAUGUAUCAGAGUAAAGAUGGUAAACCUUUGAAUCGACUGAUGGCCAAUAGAGGGCGCAGUUUCAAGCAGACCUCACUUGCUCUAGUGCAUGAGGUUCACAUCCAGCUUUCUGAGUGGCACCGGGCCAUUUUCCUCCCACAGGCGUGGCUAGCAUAUAUGACUCGAGCUUACCAUGCCAUUUUACAGGGAAGAAUAGCAGAGCUGGAGGUGCAAUUAAAACAUGGAAAAGAAGGAGCUGAGGAGGUGCAAUACAAAAAAAGCACAGCCUGGCUCUGGGUUCGAGACAUGUUGACUGAUGAGAUCACCAAGUCAGCUGCAAAGGACAGCCCAGUGGUUAAAGGCAAUGCGCUGUUAGCCUUAAGCAGCCUUGCUGUCGUCGUAUCCAAACAUGAAGCCAGCCUCUCCUCAGAUGCCGAGGGGGUCCUUGAGGUUCAACCUAAUUUCCUUUCAAUGAAAGAGUGGCUUUCUAUGGUGUGUGAUACUCUCCUGGUCAUUGUGGAUAGCCACUACCAACCCAGAGGACAGCUUUUCUCCUGGUUUUAUUAUAAAUCCUAUUCUGGUGAAAACACAGCUAGUGCCAUCGCCCGUUCUGCGGCCGCCACGGCUUUGUCUCUCCUGGUGCCAGUUUUCAUUAUCUCUUGCAAAGAGAAGGUUGAGGAAAUCCUGAACAUGCUGACUGCCAGGUUACCUGGGAAACCAAGUGCUGAUGAGUCUCAAGCUGUGCAAAUCCACAUGGGCCUUGCUUUGGGGAUGUUUCUCUCUCGUUUGUGUGAGGAGAAACUCAGUGAUAUUUCUGGCAAACAGAUGAACCUUCUUCUGAUGAGGUCCUUGGACACCCUGGAGAACUGCUGCUUUGACAGUGAUCUUGAAUACAACACAGGCUGUGUCCUGGGAGUUGGACUUGUUCUGUCCCUCAUGAGCCACAGCAGCCACACGGAGUCACGAGUUCAUGUGGCAGCGUCGCUUCGCAAGCUCUCUGAGUACCUUGAUGGCAGCGGGAGCCAGAGCAGGACGUUUCAGGAGGUCCUUGCCUAUACCCUUAGCUGUGUGUGCACAUCAGCAUUCAGCACUGGAAUCAUUGAAGCUGCAGAGGCUGAAGACAUUAUGAAUAAGCUUCGACUGUUGGUAGAGAACAACCAGCAGACUUCAGGUUUUGCCUUGGCAUUAGGAAACAUCGUUCAUGGUCUGUCUGUGUGUGGACAUGGCAAAGCUGAAGACUUGGGCAACAAACUGCUCCCUGCCUGGAUCAGAACUGUGCUAGCAGAGGGCUCAUCCACAAUGCUUUGUUUGGCAGCUCUUCAUGGCAUGGUGGCCUCGGUAGGCUCUGAAGGGGAUGUAAUGCAGCUGAAGUCAGAAGCCUUCCAGAGCUCGCAGUUUCAAGCCAGGCUUAAUGAAGUCAUUAGAACCUUAACACAGGUCAUCAGUGUGUCUGGGGUGAUUGGUCUUCAGUCCAAUGCAAUCUGGCUUCUAGGACAUCUUCACCUAUCUACUCUGUCCUCAAGUCAAAGUAGAACCUCUGUUCCUACUGACUAUAGCUAUUUGCCUGAAAGCAGUUUUAUUAGAGCAGCCAUUGGCUUCUUCAUUACGGGAGGAAAAAAAGGUCCUGAAUCUGUGCCGCCUUCCCUGCUCAAGGUAGUGAUGAAACCCAUAGCAGUGGUUGGCGAGAACUACCAGUACCCUCCAGUGAACUGGGCUGCAUUGCUCUCUCCGCUCAUGAGGCUGAACUUUGGUGAAGAGAUACAGCAACUGUGCCUUGAAAUUAUGGUGACUCAGGCACAGUCAUCCCAGAAUGCAGCUGCACUGUUGGGAUUGUGGGUGAUGCCACCGCUGGUCCACAGUCUUAGUCUGAAUAUCAAGAAAUACCUCCUGGUAUCUGCACCUCUGUGGAUCAAACACGUCUCCGAUGAACAGAUCCUGGGUUUUGUUGAAAACUUAAUGGUGGUAGUUUUUGAAGCUGCUUCCCCACUCUCCAAUCGUGAGUUAUGCCUGAGUGCCUUACAGGGUCUGAGCCAGGCUAUGAAACUGCCCAGCCCUGACCACCACCUCUGGAGUCUGCUCCGUGAAGCUACUGGGAAAAUUUUUGACCUUCUGCCAAGUAAGAUUCGGAGAAAUGAUUUAGAGCUGUAUAUCAGUGUGGCAAAAUGCCUCUCAGAAAUGACAGAUGAUGAAGUCAAUCGGGUUGCCCAGGUUACUGAGAGCAGCAUAGAAAAGGCAGCCUUUGUUAGACUGUACUUGGUCUCUCAAGGACGGUUCCCCUUGAUGGGCUUGACUGACAUGCUCAGUGUUGCUGUUCGGCACCAUGAAAAAGACACGCUGGCCUGGAUGAUGCUGCACAGCUUAUACCACGCACGGAUUGUGAGCCAUGCCAACACAGGUGUGUUGAAGAGAAUGGAAUGGCUCUUAGAACUGAUGGGCUAUAUCCGAAAUGUUGCUUACCAGUCCACACCUGUUCCCAAUGUGGCUCUCGAUGAGGCUUUGGACUUCUUCUUGCUGAUAUUUGCAACCGCAGUGGUUGCAUGGGCAGACCAUGCUGCCCCUCUCCUCCUCGGUCUCAGUGCCAGUUGGUUGCCAUGGCAUCAAGAAAAUGGCCCUGCUGAGCCAGCAUCAAGCUUCCUUGGCAGAAGUCCAAUGCACAGGGUCACUCUGCAGGAGGCUCUCACUCUCCUGCCCAGUAGCAUGCUUCUUCUGCUGCAGAAAGAGCCGUGGAAGGAACAGACCCAGAAGUUCAUUGACUGGCUAUUCAACAUCAUGGAUAGCCCUAAAGAAGGCCUCUCUGUAAGAUCCAGGGGUCUUUUAAGAGCCACCCUGCUGUCCUUAAGAGUUCUCCCAGAGUUUAAGAAGAAAGCCGUAUGGACCAGAGCAUAUGGUUGGUGAACAGUUAUGCCACAGCCAGCCACAUUCUCAGCUGGAAGAGGAAAACCACACACAUGGAAGAAUUUGCUUGGAAUUUGCAUCUGGGAUCACUGAGACGUGAUGCAAAGAGUUAACUAACAGUCUGAGCCAUGAAUGCCCAAAGAGGGGCAUUGCUUUGGUCCCCAGGCCAAUGGAGACUGAAAUGAAAACUUGAACUUUUUUUUAUUUGUCUACACGUCCAUCUUAAGAUUUUCAUUGUGAAACUUUGACUAUAUAAGUUCCUCCCCUCCAAAAAAAAUUCUAGUAAAAUAAUUUGCCUUUUCUGAAUUUUAUUUAUUUUAAGGCAUAGGUAAGAUUUCACUAGCAAAAGCAAACUAUAGUAAUUGACAGUGGAAUUACAGUCUAUUUUCCAUUAAGUAUCUAGAGGAUAUUCACUGACUCAGUGUGUUAGACAUCUUUUCUUAUUCUUAUUGAUGAAGUAUUCUCUUCAAACUGCUAUACACAUUUAAAUAAUAAGCAUGGUGUUAAACAGUUGCUAAAUCAGAUUCAUUAGCAAUGGCUAUAAUUUUCUUUUGCUUGAGUCUCUUGAAUGCAGGUGAAAGUUACCCACCUGAAAAUAUCUUCAGCUAAAAAGGAGAAUAUAACUGAUUCACAAACUAAGAGUUAAGGAGUAGAUCUGAGCAGGUACAGCUGCGUCCAGUGAGUCAAUCAAUGCCGUCAGGCUCUGUUCCUCUCGGGUCGGGGCACUCCACAUAGUUGUUGAGAUGGCUCCAAGGAAGGAAAUGUGGCUUUGCUCGCAGGUGUGGCAGUAGCAACAGGGGGAGGGCUCUGAUUCAUCUUGAGUCACAUGGGAGCCCUUCGUAAGUGGGGUACUCUAGUUAACCAAGCCUGGGUCAUACGUCCCCCUAUACUGGGUUUCCUCAGAAGAAAGAUUAUGAAAUGCUAGGCAAGGAAAACAUGACAAAUACCUCCUUGAAAGAUUAAUCUUUUUUAUAAGUACAAAUCUCUAUCUUAAUCAGGAUGACUAGUGGCCUAAUGAUAAGUAAAUGAAGACAUGUGACAGUAUCCUCAAGAGUUGCAUUUUAUUCAACAGCUUGAGAAUCAGCCAGCAUUUUAAUUUUGAUGUUUGCUCAUUAUCUUCUCUUCAUGCAGUCAUUAAUCAGGGAUGCCAUUAGCCAAUCACAUAAACAUACUGCUGUACACAUAUAUAGGAUCACUGGGGAGAGAUACCGUGUCAUUGGAAUAGCGUACUGUUGUGUCUGUCAUGCUAUGCACAGCGCCUGCUGCUUUCUGAGCACUGUGGGACUUUGAGCACUCCCAUGCGACAUUGCCUCGAUGUUCUCCCCAGGUGUACUGACUUAGGAUAAAAAUAGAUCUAUUAGUUUUGUUUUUCAAAUAGCUAGAUUUGUUUUUAGGUCUCAAAUAAUUGUGCUUCACCGUGUAACUCACAUUCUGUUCCCAGGUCACAGUUCUUUCUUUUGCUGAGAUGCCUACAGAAAAAAAAAAAAAAAAAAACAAAGGAAGGGAAUGCGAGCUCUCAGGUAGUAUUUACUUGCAUUGCCAAUAUUUCAUAUAUAUUCUUCUUCAGAGGCAGAGCUAGAGGGAAGUGAAUUUAAAGGAAGCAAAAAUGUAGAAUACCCUCUUUUUCCCACCUACAGUUUCUUGUACUUCGUUAAUGAGAGGUUGAAAUUCAUCUAAUAUUUAUUGUUAGAUGCCAGACAGUGCACUAGAGCUUUCACUUGUGUUAUCUUGUUUAACUCAUGCAACAAGACUGUGAAGAGGCAUUAUUUUCUAUUUUUAAAUGGAGAAAACACAUCUUAGAAGUGACAGAGCUAUUCCUAGAACCAAGCUCCUAGAACCUCAGAUCCAAUUCUCCUACUACAUCAGGCUCAACACGCACUUUAAGACGGAAACUUCCACCAAGGAUUAAACCUUGGUUUUAAUAUGCUUGUGGUUUAAUAUGCUUUAUUAAGCCUACAGCUUAUAUGUUUAAUGUAGAUUGCUGUAGUCAGAUCAAAAAAUAAUCCUGCCUCAUGUUAGUAAGUCUCUGGAAUUGAGAAAUUUAGGAGCUACAGUGCAAAGAAACUGGUCCUUUGUGGGUUGAAGGACUGUAAGAUUCCUGGGCCAGAUUGCAAACAUGGAUGGCAAUAAAGAACAGAGAAAAGGAAGUGGGCACUGAAGAACUACUCUGCAGUUUUCUCCCGAGAGAGAGCUGACUGAUGCUCAAGGAAAGGAUGAGGAGUCAGCCCGUUCUUUGCAGACUUCGUCCCUGCCCCUGCCCCUGCCCCUGCCCUUGACAAGGACACAGACUAGUACAAAGGGAGGGGUAAGAUAUGCCUCCAACCCCGCUUCCCUGGCUUCCUGUUUUUGUCACCAGCAUUCUUGUGCACAAAAUUUGUAGGGUUUUCCUAUUCAUGGGAAUCUCUAAAGAGUCUAAAAUGGAAGAUUUGAAAUUUGAAAAUCUAAAAAUUUUAGAAGCUCAACAUUCUAAGAUAUAGGACACUGCAAUAGUAAAACCCCUUCAUUUGGUUACCUGUAUGACCUCAGGUAAGAAUUAAUUAUUCCCUUAUAUAUUUCACUUUUUUGCCUAAAAACCAGAAGUCUCUGCUUUUUUAGACCAGAUGUUCCAAACUCUGGUCAAGUAAGGACUUACUCCCAGUAAGUUUCCUUACUGGUCAUCUUCUGUUAUUUUUUGAAAUCAUAAGUCGCCAAGACAAACAGUGUGCUGAGAUACACUAACAAGUUGACAUGUGGGGCUAAAGCUAUGUUGUGUCUCAGAAAUAUGCAAACGCCCUGGUUCUGGAUUUGAAAAGUGUUCAUUUGGAACAGAUGUUGGGACUUGUGUAAGUGCCUAAAAUCUUCUUUGUGUUGUAUUUGUAUCUAAUGGCUCUGUGGGAACUAAUAAGUUGUUAAUAACCUGUUUUUUGAAGUUAAUUGACAGAGUCAAUUUCUCCAAAUGAUUUUAACCAAAGAGAUUAAUAUUAUAACCAUAUAAGGAAUAAGACUUUGUUAAGGACUCAACUAGUAUCUUGAAAUAACUUAAUCACUUUGAAAGUAAGAUGUAGGUUUAGAUUUUGGGUAAGCACUUUAGUAAGUUGCUGUUUUAGAAGAUAAAUCAGAUCAUGUGGUGGAGAGGAUGGGGCCUUCCUUAAAGUCAGAGUUGUUGGGUACGUCCCUGGUCAGCUCGUAUCUCUGACCCAGCCUAUGGUCAGCAAACAGCAGGCAUUUCAGGUGAAACCAAGGGACAGAGUGAGGCUGCCACGGUGCACAUCCCGCAUCACUCUUGUGGAAGCCACCUCCCAGCAUCACCUUGGUGUGUAAAUGUGUUCAUCACCACUCUGGGCUAGGGUAACGGAACAUGCUUUCAGAUUUUCUAGAAGGAAAUGCUUUAUUCUAAAUCUGGAAAUUCUACAGUCUCUUAAAAUGUAUGGUACAUAUUAUAUUUAUAAACUAGUAGUUAGCAUGUAAUCUAUUAAUAUUCACAAGCAGUACAAAAAAUUUUUAAAUUGUAAUUCAGAAAGGUCAUUCAAUUCUUUUCAGACAUAGGGAACCUGUGAAGUAAUAUCCAGCUAAAUUGUUGGAUGUGAAACUGAAGAAAAAUGGCAGGGAUGACUCCCUGACUUUGGUUUUAUUUCUUGGAUAAAAGGAGUAACUUACCUCACAAAGUAGUUGUGAGGGUUAAAAGAAUACAAAAAUAUGCUUCCUAAAUUCUAAAAUGUAAUAGAAAUGCUACCACUUUUAUGUGUUUCCUGAAAAUAGUAGCUGUAACACUUGAAUACAGGCCUGCUAUGUACAUUGGGACUUAGUAAGAUAAUGGAAAUUUCUUAAUCAGUCAAGUGUUCUCUUUAACAUUUAAAACACAGAAGCAUGUAGUAGCGCAUUAAGAUACUUAUAUAAAUUGUUUUUAAACUAUAUUAGGUUUCUUUUGAACAUAAGGUAUGCUAAGAUUAAUCAAAUAUAAUGGAAACAUCACCUAAUUUGCUAGAUUUCUUAGACUUUUUCUUUUCUGGAUGUACUAGUAGUAAUCCAUAAAGUGAGAUUUGCAAAACAAUUGUGUCUACAAUGCACCACCAAAGAAGCUUCUAAGAUGCAAAGUAAACAAGACAGGACAUGCCUGUCCUUAUGGAGCUUAUGUUCAGAAAAUAUAAAUCAGGAAACCAUCAUGCAAUAAAGGAGAGCAUCCAGGAAACACGAUACAAAAUUUUUACUGUGUAGCCCUUUAUAAUUUACAAAGGUUUAAUGCACCAUCCUUCAUCUGCUCUUCACAACCACCUUAAGCAGUUACGGAAACUGGAACUUGCGGAUUUACUCAGUACGUAAAUAUUGGAGCUGGAUUUCCGGUCAAAACCAUUGUUCUUAACUCCAGACUGCAUCUAUUCUCACAGGUCCCCAUGGUUCAGCUGAGCACUGCGAAGUAAGUACACAGUGGACUCCUACAUUAUCUAAUAAAUUAAGAAAUGUUUUUACUAAUUGAUUUUCAUAGAGAAUUGACUAACCUUCAUUAAAGCAAGAUUUAAAAUGCCA